GUUUAUUAUCAUAGUUCUCAUAAAAAAAUCUGUGGGUGAUUUGAAUACUGAAGAAUGGUAAUCGAAAUAUGGCUUUAGAUCUACGAUCAAGUGAGCUUGAACAAGCAUUCAUAAAAGAAAGAAUAUCAAAUGUGGAAAAGCAUUUCACUGAAUUGAGCUCCAAGUUGUCUUGUUACAAUAAAAAAUCAGCUCAUGUUAGAGAUAGUGGAGAUGAUCUAGCAAAGAGCAUUUUAAAUUUUGCCUCUAAAGAAAAUUUAAAUUCUUCACUGAGGAGUUCUCUUAUGCACUUCGCAGAUAUACUUAUUGCUAUUCAAGAAUACAGAGAUGCACAAAUCCAAAGAAUUGAUGUCAAAGUUGUUCUUGAGUUUGCCAACUAUAAUCCUAUUUGUAAAAGAAUUAAGAAUGAUCUAGCGACAUGUUUUGAGAUUCGUAAGAAAGAAAUUAAAAAGAAAAAUCAGUUGGAGAAAACACGAGGAAAGAAUUCUACAAACUGGCAAGCAAUCGCUCAGGUAAGUUUUGAAAUUAGUUUGGGGGAAAAUCUACUCUGUUUUAAAGAUAAGUAAAUAUUUCUAUAUAUUUCACUUUAUUAAUAGAUAUUUAU